GAACUGAGCUUGACCCGAGCGAUGGAGAGCGACCAUCCCUUCCUCUUUGCGCCACAGGCCCGCAUAAGCAACGAGGACGACGGGUUCGAUCCCGUCUUCGAGAGCUACGACCAUGAGCUGCUCCAGUUCAUGCUCUUCGACGGCGGGUUCGCGGGUGAUGGCCAUCUGAGCUUGCUGAGGGAAGGAGCGCUGUUCGAUGCUGGCGGCCAUGAAGGAACCACCGCCACCCAGUACCUGCAGGCCGAUGCGCCUUCGGGCUCUCCCGACCUUAGCUUGGAGGUGGAUGACGAUCCUCCUGCGUGCGGAGGGUGCCAUGAUGGUGGCGAUUCCCCCGGGGGGAUCACCAAGACAAGGAGAGACCGGUCCAAGACUCUGAUAUCGGAGAGGAAGAGGAGGGUCCGCAUGAAGGAGAAGCUGUACGAGCUGCGGUCUCUGGUUCCCAAUAUAACGAAGAUGGACAAAGCUUCCAUCAUAGCCGACGCAGUCGUGUACAUGAAGAAUCUGCAAUCUCAGGCGAAAAAGUUGGAGGAGGAAGUGAGCAUGCUCGAGUCCUCGUCGCGAGAAGGCCAACCGCUUCAGGUUCCAAGCAGGAAGACGACCAAAGCUACAGAUUUGGAGGAGGCUGCUGCUGUGAGAGGCGGCAACAUAAUGCAGGUAAACGCAUUCGAAGUGGGCGAGGGGAGGUUCUACGUGAAGGUGGAGGGCAGCAUGGGAGACGGAGCGGCGUCAUCUCUCUACGCCGCCGUCGAGUCUCUCUUGUGCUUCGAUCUGGAGAGCUCCAACUUCUCCCUCAACCCCAAUGGAUUUGUGUUCACGCUAACCUUCAAAAUCGGAGACUUCAGCAGGGAGAUGAAUGCAUCCUCCAUGGAGUUAUGGGUGAUGGGAGCUCUUCUGAGGGAGGGGUUUCAACUCAUGCAGACAACUCCUCCUUUGUAGAGAGCUACUUGUCCUCCACUAUCAGCGGCCACCCUCUCACAUAUUUUGAGCUUUGCGUACUCAUCUUUUGUUUGUAGACAUGUUCACUGUAAUAACAAUCUGCUCUUCAGGCA